AAAAAGAAGAAAAAAAAAGGUGUUGAAAGAGGGAGUGAUGUACUGUAAACUCUGAUAUUUGGGAUGUCGGGUUGUUUAAGUCCAUUAUCUUCUUCUGUUCCGGUGGCGGUGGGUAAUACUUUUUCUCCUGUAUCUGUUGUAUAUCUAUCCCAACCACGUCGCCCACUGUAUCAGCAUCAGCUUCGCCGGCAGGAUAAGAAUUUCCUACAAUUUGUCAACAACUGUUGUUCUAACAGCCUCGUCCGACAACUAUGUCGUCAAGUUUAUAAUGCUUCUUCUGGUGUUUAUGUUGAUGACGAUUUCCAUUUGCUGUUGCAGAUUCUUCCACAUGAUGUGCGCGAAAGUCUUUUGUGCCACUCCAAACAGGAUCUACUUUUGGAGGUCAUACUGGAUCUGGGCCGACGGCCGCAAGCAUGUUAUUUUGGUGAUUAUGGCAGACGGGACCUUAGGAAAACGGAGAUAUCAAUGGAAGAACUUGAAUAUGCUCAAAAUGCAAUUGGAGAACUUGGAGGUGAUAAUAGAUCUGGCAUUGCAGGCACUCUGCAUCGGAUAUCUGCUAUUAGGAAUAAGAAUGGCAAAGUUGUUGGUUUGACUUGCCGAGUGGGCAGGCCAGCUACUGAGGCAGUAGACAUGGUUCGGGAUUUACUUGAGUAUGGUAAAAGCAUCUUGUUCUUGGGAAGGCCUGGUAUUGGAAAAACUACAUUAUUGCGAGGGAUAUCUCGUGUCUUGUCAGUUGAGCUUCGCAAGAGAGUGGUCAUUGUUGACACAAGCAAUGAAAUAGGAGGUUAUGGGGAUAUUCCACAUCCAGAGAUAGGGACAGCACGGAGAUUGCAGGUUCCUGAACCAUGGAUGCAGCAUAAGGUCAUGAUUGAGGCUGUACAAAAUCAUAUGCCCGAGGUUAUCAUUGUUGAUGAGAUUGACACUGAAGCUGAAGUGCGUGCUUGCCGUACUAUUGCUCAGAGAGGAGUUAUGCUUAUUGCUACUGCUCAUGGAAUAAAGCUGAAUAAUAUUAUUAAAAAUCCACUUCUAUCUGAUUUGAUUGGAGGGCUAAAAACGGUCAUUUUGAGUGAUCAAGAAGCUAAGGCCAGAAAUUGCAAGAAAAGCAUUCUUGAGAGAAGAGCGUCUCCAACAUUUCCAUUUGUGAUUGAAAUGAGGGAAAGGCAAUAUUGGGUCGCACAUCGGACGGACAAGAAUGUGGAUGAGUUGCUUUAUGGGAAAAAGCCACUGGUUGAGGUAAUUAUGUCCAUAUAUUUUGUUGUAUAUUUGACGAAUUAUAUGAAUCCUUUUGUUAGGAUUUGAAUGUUCUUAAGUAUAAAGUUGUGAAGGAUCAUAUAGGGAUAAGUUAAGUUGUACACUACCAAAUCGUAGUUAAGUAGAAAGUUGUGAAGGAUCAUACGGGGACAAGUUAGAAUGAAUUAGUUGUACACUACCAGAUGAGUAAAGGACUGUUAAACUAAAGAGUGCUGUGGUAUGGUAUGGGAUAAUUCUAACGCUUUUUUGUUUUGCAGGUGAGACGCAUAGAUAAGCAAUUCAAGGUUGUGAUUGAAAGAUGGAAAACAGAGGACUGACUGCUACCAUUUCUUGAGACAUGAAUAUUAUAUAUAUCUAUAUAGACAGUGUUACCUUUAGCUGUGAAGUGGUGCUGGGAAUAUGCUAAACAAUCCUUUGCAGAUUCAGUGAAGUAGCUACUAGGCCGAACCAACGGCAUAGUUGAGUCAAGUGGUGUAUAUAUAUUUAGUUCAUACAACUUUAAGUAUAGUUGAUGCUAAUGUUUACUUCAACUUGUUUUAAUGUUGUUUCUACUUAUGUCUAAACUGCGGCUAAAAUGCGGGGCUGAACGUGCAUAUAAUGAAAUAUCUGAUGACAACUAAA